AUGCCAUAUCGUCAACUGGUCGAUUUUGUGGGCGGUCACUUUGUCCUAAAUGAAGAAACGGUGUGCUUGGUGGGAACCGUCGGCAAGGUUGGCAGUGGGAAGAGCUUUCUUUCCACUUUCCUAUCACAAUACGCGUUGAAUGCUCCAGUAACCCGCCUCGAGGGAAGUUUCCGGGCUGGGGACGCCCCGGCGACAAAAGGCGUUCAAAUCCUUGAACCGCCUCUGCACCAUAUGACGAAGUCCGGGGAUCAGGUGGUGGUGUUUCUGCUGGAUACCCAGGCAGUCGAUACCGAGUCUGAAACCUGGAUUUCCGAUUGGAUUAUGACUUUUACAUUGCUGAUCUCCGAAGUGCUAAUUUUCAAUGUCAUCUCAACCCUGCCAACUGCCGAGGAACUGCGACAGAUCUCGAGAGCGCUUGAAGCGUCCGCGAGAUUCGUGCAGGGAGCCCCGAUCGAUAAUCUGCUAUUUGUAGUGCGUGAUGUUGAGUCACCUCACCUAGCCGCUGCGCCGUUCCUCGAAUCAAUUUGGGAGGCAUGCAAGGAGGAAAGCGAGAUGGCGGAGGUUUCUAACUUAAUCCGCGACAGAAUCGCUAAUAUCGAUUGUGCGUUCACAAGUACACCUUCAGAACUCGUCAAAAACGCCAGUCUCCGCAUCUGCUUCAAGGACCCAAUUGAUCAAAAAUUUCUCGACGAUCUUAUAGCCGUCAGAAAGCUGGUUCAAUGUUAUGCGAAGGCAUCAGCGCCCCUUAAAUUGGACCUGGAUUUUUGGAAGAGGCUACUGGAGGGGCUGGAGCCGACGCUGCUCGCACCCAAAUCACAGGCAUACUUAAUCACCAUUGAAGUAGCAGCGACAAACGUCCUUGAUAAAAUCGACCUUGACUUUAAGGGUAGCAGCAAAGAUCAGCUUGAACGAUUUUACCGGCAAAUUAAACAGGAAGUAGCCGGGAUACUAAGCUCUGAUGAUGCAAGACAUGAGGCGAUCAAAGGCGAAGUUGAAAAAAAACUGAAGGUUCUCUACAAAAACGAUUUGAAAAAGGUCAGUAAAAUGGAAGCGGAAGCAGCAGCGGAAGAACAAGCCCGGGCCGAUCGGCUAAGACGCGGAAAUGAGGCGGUGGACAAGUUGAGAAGCACUUCGGAAGCCUGGAUUUUUUGGCAAACUAAUAUCGAGCCGCACGUCACCAACGAUGCACAGGUCAUCCGCGGUCUGCAGGAACGCUUCAACGCACAUAUUCGCUACGAAAUACUGCCUGGAUAUAUCCGCGAAUUGCUCCAAAACCAAGUGUCGUACCUGGAGCAAAAGUUACAGACGCAGAUCCAAGUUUUGGACGAUAAGAAAUUUGUCGCCGGAAUCGUUGAUCAAGAAAUAUCAGCGAUAUCAAAGGGCCUAAAAGCACUUGAGCCUAUGUUUGUGUUGAGCGAAGCAGAUACCUGCGACAUUUCGUCGCAGUUCAAGCAAAAGAUCCAGAAAUCAGUGGAUCAAGCUGUAAACAAGCGCAAAUAUCAAUUAAACAAAGUGGAAACGGAUCUGACAAGCUCGACUAGGCAAUCGCGCAAACUCCCACAAGAUGCCUGUAUAGCGGAGGGUGGAACAACGUUUGUCCAACAACAAUUCGACUACGGGGUCAAAAAAUCUGGGUUCGUCAGGAAUAAUCGUGUAAAUUACGCUGACAAUGUUUCUGGCGUCGCCGCUUUGUCGCUCGAAACACCGGUCCAAAAGGCUCCCGGCGAGCAAAUGCUGGGACGUUCCUACCCCUCACGACCCGAACAAGACCCGUGGGAAAAUGAACCAAAACAGUUGUGGAAGCCGCCUGUAGAUACGGGAAGAAGCGAUGCUCGACCGGCUUCUAGACUUCAUCGAAGUUCUGGCAGCGUGCACUCAGUAGCACCACGGGGCAACGAAGAUCCAAGAAAAACUGCAAUGGUCGACGUCAACCCUACUGAAAAACGGUUUGGAUUGAAGUCUGAUAUCAUGCUAGGACAAGACUUCAAUGCAUUCUCGGAAGAAAUGCGAAAAAACGAAUCUGAUCGCAAAUCCAGUCUGGCAAACCCGGCAGCCUCAAAUUCGGUACAAAUAUUGAAAAAAGAGAAACAAUGGUGGAAAAAUGAGCGACCAGCGAUCGAUGCAAGCAGGACGCGGGAUAAUGGAAGCGGUGAUGGUCACCGAAGCGCUAAAGGAGAAGCUACUGGCUUUGGAGAAACGAUUCACGCAAAAACGGACAAUACUGAUUUGAAGUUCAGUUCGGGGCAACGCGUCUGGGAACAAGAAAAUGGGUCCAGCAACUAUUCAGUACGCCAGGAUACCGGAAAAGAAACUCUGGAAGAUUGUAAGAAAGAGAAUGCGCUAUUAGCUGCCAAAAUUGUCACUAUGGAAAAAGCCCACCAGGACCUGGACCGAAAGUACCUCAGCAGCUUCAUCGAAAUUCGUGAUUUGAAAGAAAAAUGCAAACAGGAUGAGGAGAUCCACGAAAAGCUGGAGGAAUUUCGUCGCGAGCUGCGGUUCAUCUUAAUGGAAAACCGAAAUUAUGGUCGAAUUUUGCAAGAAGUACGGCACGAGCUGCUGCAGAUAGCAAUUCAGCGAUGUCUUGACCAAGAUCUGGGGCAACGUGGGGACUCGAUCUAUGCUAAGCUUCACCAACAACGGCAACUGGUUGCAGCUCACACCUACACGAUCGCGACGGGGAAAAAGUUUGAGCCACAGAUGCUAGUGUUUAACAAUUUGGUGUCGAAAGCAUUAAACGAUCGACAUGGUCACUAUCGCCGCAUUGACGAAGAAUACAACAGUGCCUUGGAGAUGUUAAAAAGCAGAUUGUGCAAUGAAUCGAAAUUGUCACGAGUCGAAGCAAGGACGUUGAUUGCCCGCUUUCCCGAAUGGUUAAACAAAGGUGUCCUUCCGUUUUAUGUUGAACUGUCGGUGGAUCUCUCUUUCCAAGUCAAAGCCGAAGAAUUAUUAAGAACAAAUAGGCAAGAAAUGCCUUUCCGUGAAGAGGAAAGUGCUUCACAAAGAUACCGCGAGUUUCUUUCCAUCUAUAAUGAACUGGCAGCAAAUGAUUCUAGACUAUGUCGCUUCAGUUACAAUUUCUGCAAUGAUGAAUUGCAGCUAAUGGUGUUUGACUACCCUGAGAAAUAUCCAGUGGCUGUGGCGGCAAAGCUGUCACGCGACUUUUGUCAAAUGAUAUAUAAGGAUUGUUCGCGGAAGAUUCCGGGCGACCCAUACUCGAUGUGGGACCAGUUCUACUUUGCCUUCCUUCUUACAUGGGCGCAGAAGAUAGAAAACCUAUGGGGCUUAAUGAUGCAAAAACGGAGGAAUCAAGAUUCAAACUAUUAUGUGGAUCUGCUAAACUAUGUAACGUUUGACAUGCAAAGCACCAGUUACGAGUCUCGGAAAGAAGACCUCCUUGAAAACCUGCAAGAUUGCAAUUGCAUUCGCGACGAGUUGCUGCGCAUUGAAAUGGAAGGUUGCCUCGAUCGGGAUUCUGCGCGUCGCGGCGAAUCCAUCUAUCAGAAACUUCACGAGCAACGCGGGCACGUCGUAGCACAUAGCUACGAGCUUGCUACCGAUAUCACUUUCGUGGAAAUCGUAAAUGCGCUGCACGCCGAGUCGAUGCAUUGCCGUUCUGGCGCGAAAGCUUCGAUCGUCAUGUUUCAGAAAUGGUUGAUGGGCUGGCAAUUUCCGUUUUUCAUCGAACUUUCCGUAUGCUUCUCAUUGCAAAUUAACGCCGAAGAACUGCUACGGAAAUCUGGAAAGGCAAUGCCGUACGGCGAGGAGGUGGAAAAAGAACCGCCAAGAGGCUUGCAGUAUUUUUCGGAUAUGCUCAACUAUGUUACGAAGGAUAUGAGCAGUGAAACUGGCGAUCAAUGGAAAGCAAAGCUGAUUCCUAUUCUUAAACCUGUUAAAGGCCGACCGGAAUCUGUUAAAGACAUUAACAAGGCUGUAAAAGAUUUGCAGAAAUUUAUUCAGGAUUUGUAUGUGGCCCUAUCGCCUGGUUAU